GCUUGUCAAAACAAACGGAGUAGCUCGAUACUCGAAACUUGAAAAAAUUCCGUGAGAUGCUGAAGAGUGCCAUUGUUCCGGGAGUGUUUUGAUCGUCUAGAAUCAUGGACACCCGACUUUUGGAACCCGCGUUCGGACACACGCACAGCCACGUGCUGGCCCGUCUCGGCCGUUUCUUACCCUCGCCGUAUAUGCACUUUGGAUCGCCGAUCGCUCCCUACAGCGUGCCCUUGGCGGCGGCGCACCACGCUGCGGCGGCGGCAGCGGCGCACCACCACCACGCGGCGGCGGCCGCGUUCGACUAUGGACAGGCGGCGGCGGCCGCCAUGGCCGGCGGCCUGCCCUAUUCCAUCGACGGCAUCCUCGGCAUGACGCCGGCCGGACUCACGGCCAACGGGCUCGGCGGACCGGCCGGAUCUGGCGGUGGAAACGGUGGGCCCGGCGAUCCGGGGUCGCACGGGCACGGGAAAAAAGGCGCUGUUUUCUUCUCUUCAGGCGAUUCCGACUGCGAGAACGAUGCCAGCUCGACGAGUGGGAGUCAGGGCAAGAGGCGCCGGACGCGGACCAACUUCAACGGCUGGCAGUUGGAGGAGUUGGAGAAGGCGUUCGAGGCCUCGCACUACCCGGACGUCUUCAUGAGGGAAGCCCUGGCGAUGAGGCUGGACCUUGUCGAAUCCAGAGUACAGGUAUGGUUCCAAAACAGACGGGCCAAGUGGCGGAAGAAGGAGAACACGAAGAAGGGCCCCGGCCGGCCGGCGCACAACGCCCAUCCCCAAACGUGUUCGGGCGACCCCAUCCCUCCCGAAGAGAUUGAAAAGCGAGAGCGGGACAGGCGGGAAAAGAAACUUCGAAAGCAGCUAGAGAGGCAGGCGAAAAGGCUGCAACAGGCCAAAGUGAAACCCGGUGUUAACGUCGCUAGUCUCAGUGAGGCAAUUUAUCAGACUCUCGGUGAACUGAGGCACAUCAAUGAGAGAAAAGAACCUCGGGACUUAGUGGGAUCCGAAAUCUUCAGUCUUCUCGGAACUAUGGGUUUUGACGUCAUCGAUGCAAUGUCAAGAUCUACCAACAACAAAGGCCAGCAAACGCAGCAAAGGUCGCAACCUCUUAACCACUGCAGCAACAGCGAAAGCAGCAGUCUCGGUGACGUCAACGUCUGUUCAAUGGGUGAGGACAACACGACAGACGACGAGGCCGCCAGCAGUAAAAGAAUGACCAAUGACUACCACAGCCUACACCACCACCGUCCGCAGCUGAUGGUCAUGCAGCAGAAAGUCAACCCUUUCAGCAUAGAGAAUAUCCUAGCUGAGGACAAAGCUGGUGCAAAAGGCAGGCUGAUGGGGUCAUCAGGUUCUCCUUACCUUGCUGCUAUCACACAACCUGUAGGUUUCCUAGUCGGUUCAGGACAAACUGUUGAUAGUCCCGGUUCUUGCCAGUCCAGUGAUGUGUCUGCAAGUGAUUACAGUGCCCCAAGCAGCCCAGAGAGACCUCUGGAAGGUGGCAAAAUCAUCGACAGACCAGAACAUUCAGACUCGGACUCAGACGACGAUGGUCCUAUAAUAGAUGGUGAACUAGAACUGAGAUUGCGACUUCAAGAAGGAGAGGAUAGGAACGUUAUGGUGGUUCCGUGCAGCCCCAAACCCACACAGUCCUCUUCUAUAAACAAUGCAGCCGCUAAUAGUUUGCAGCAAAAUGUUUCCACUACUUCAUUGACGCAUAAGUUGUGAAGUGUUGUUUACAUUACAUGUUCCAAGCGAAGACUUAUGGCAACUAUGCAAAUAAAAAGGGGCAAUUUAAA